ACUUGGUGAUCACCACCUCGUGCUCUCGGGACGGAAGAGGUGGGGGGUAACUACCAGCCUGAAACGGUCGAGGAAGGAAGAUGAAAACCGAACGAGAUUACCUUCUCUACGUCCUACCACCACCACCAUCAACAACAACAACAACAUCAGACCCAGUUGGGGAGGAAGGACGGCCUGAGCAGAAGGGCGGAUUAUGUUGGCUCACGUUUCCCGAGCGACCUCAACCAGGCCGACAAGAAGCUCGAGGAACCACCGAUGGAGAAGGCCCGGCGACGAAUGGAGCAGCGGGUGACGACCAGGACACCCCCAAGUUCUUUUCCGCCCCACCGUCCCACCAGAUCCUCAACAUCGUCCGGGAGAACUUCGUGCCCUUCCUACAGGCGCAAGGCUCAUCGAGGACAGAACAACGAUGGAUGAUUAUCUGGAAUGACCGAGCUGGGGAAAGGUUAGCGAAGAAAUGGCUCGAUCGGAUCGUCUUGCCCAUCCUCAAUCUCGUCGGCAUCCCCACAUCCGAGAUCCAAGUCUACCAAUCACGGCAAUCCGGCUGGGAAGACGAGCUCCUUGAGAAGACCGAUGGAGAUCGCUCAACCAAGGUGAUCAUCCUAGGUGGAGAUGGGACGAUAUCAGACUUCUUGAACCAGGCCUAUGGCAGUCUUCAGGAACGGAAGAAGUGUGAUCCAGAUGAUCCGAGUAGCCAGAUCCACUUCGACCUGGUCAUCGUUCCCUUGGGCACGGCGAAUGCGAUGUUCUUCAACACUCACCCCAAAGUGAAAGAGCUGCACAGACCCAAAGACAUCCUGGUAGGUCUGUUGGACGCUCUACUCGAACCGACUCGUCGGGCCGAUGGAUUGCCCGAGCCUCCACGGCCCAGAGUGCCCUUGGCAGAUGUCCAGACGCUCGAUCGCACCAAGACAGUCACCCAAGAAUCCGUCUCCUUCGUCGUCACCUCGACCGCCUUACAUGCCUCGAUCCUCGAGACUGCCAACCAAUUGGCCCUCCAACCGGACUACGAAUCCUCAGGAAUCGAGGUCUUUCAACGAGCGUUUCUGAGCAACGUUUCCCGGACCUGGAAUGCCUCUGUGGGCCUGCUUCCAUCCACCCUCGAUGGCUCGAUCCAACGGUACGACCCGACGACCGAGACGCUUUUACCCGUGAGGAUGGAGACUGGACAGGAUGGAACACUGGAAGUUCGACUGGAGGGACCAUUCAGCUAUUUUACGGCCUGUUUGGUCGAUCGAUUGGAGAGCAAAUUUAUCAUCGCACCCUUGAGGAAUCCGGACCGUGUGCCGCUAUCGGAAGACUCCUCUAGAGCCGCGACGAUCGACUUGGUGAUCAUCAGACCCACCCGCGAUCCCAGCCUCAAAUCGCUGCUAGAAGACCCUCACUCUUCUUCUUCUUCUUCUUCUUCUGACUCACAGCCUCGAAAAGAAGCAAUCACUAAAUUCGUCAGCCUCGUCUUGCAAAACGCUUAUCAGGACGGCGAUCAUAUCAAUCUGUUGACGGAUGAUGGACUCCCAAUCGUCGAGUAUUAUCGCUGCGGGGGCUGGGUUUGGACUCCUACUGAUCAGGAUCAGACCCAUCAAGUGUGUGUCGAUGGAAAGGUGAUCGAAAUCCCUCCGGAUGGCGGCUCAGUCAAAUGUACAAUCUUAUCACUAGAUCAUAUCGACAUUCGCGUGUAUUGAAACCGAAGAUACUAAUUGGGCACACUGCCAAGCUUGUUGUGAAUCGUUUUCCCUCUGAUCCAUCAUCAACCGAUUGCGACUUUUCUCUCGUAUUUGCUUUGAUUAUCCUUUGUCUCAGUAUAAAUUAAUCAAUCAACACAUGCUAAUAGAUAUCAACAGUUUAAGCUUAAGCAAACCGCCUGCGUCCU